AUCAUCCUUUCAGCACUAACCACAAGAAAGUCCGCAGCUCUAUUGCAAGCUCGACAGUUCUUUAUAGAGGAGAGUAAGCUUCUUAUGUCCUGGAUAAUGCCCAAGCACUUCCGGUCACAGCUUAACCAAGAAAGAUCUCUGCAUCGGGCGUUUUGUUAGUUGGCUUACCGAAUCUUGCGCAUCACAUUGUCUGAUAUUUUCUUGAAAAACUCUUUCAUUUGCCAAGUUAAAAUAUUCAUUGAAGGAGAAAUCACACGCCCUUGUAAGUGACCAGAUUGACAAUACUGUGGGAAUCUACUUCAAUACCAAGUAUCCAGUCCGAUGGUAUUUAUACAUAAAGUUAUCGUUCAAUUUGUUAUCGAGUUGUUUUCCUUCAAAUAUGCCCCCCGAUGUUCACGAGGCAAUGAAUCAAGCAGUAAGAGACAGUAGAGAGAGAGAGAGAGAGAGAGAGAGAGAGAUAAGGGUUGGGAAUGGAGGGUGGAAGGGAAGGAAGAAGGUGACGGCGAAAAAGAGGGCCUUCGGUAGUGGGAGAUUGAAAGCGACUGCAACGUUGAGCAGCAGGCCUGCUGUAAUUUCUCAGUGUAGUAGUGUAGUGUAGUCCACUGACUUUUCUUCAAUUCAUGGCAUCUUCCUGAGGGUGGUCCAUCUCCAUUCUUUCUAGCCAACACUCCAAAACCCUCAUUUAAUUCCCCUCCUUCCUCCACUGUGGUCAUCCCCCUCAUCACAUGCAUGUGACCCUCUCUGCCUCUCCUUCAACUUUUUAUGUUCAUAUCCUCACAUUGAUACACGUUUCUCCCCAACCUUUCCCCAUUUUUAUGUUUUUCUUUUGUUCUUCACAAUGAAACCAUUCUGUUAUAUGCUUGGUAAUAUGAUUAUCUUAUCUCAAUGCUUACCCUUAUUAUUCAAACAUGACUAUGUGACUCGACAAACAAUUGCAUAUCUCUUCUGUUUGGACUAUUUGACAUGCCGGUGAUAUAACCAAAUAUGGGUUCUUCUUUUAGUGUUAUCCUGGUUAGAAAGAGCUGAAAUGAUAAUUUGUCUAGUUACUAUUGAUUUUGCCAGUACAAUGUGAAUGUCUAACUGAGAUGCAGAAGUGUUUCUACUAAAUGCUUCAAUACCCUUGUUCUUUUCUGACCUCAACGCCUAACUGUAUAGUUAGUUUGCAGAAAUAAUUGAGCUGCAGUUAUGUGGCCGCUGUUAAGGUGAUAGAGGUUUGAAAUGGUACAUUAAUAUUAAAAUUCAAAAGAUUGCAGUCAGUGGGUGGAGGCCUUAUAGCUUUCGUCCCUAGCAUUUUAUUUGUGCAUGUGAAUAUCCAAAGACAAAUUAUAUGGUCCCCCUAACUCCAACCUUACUUCACUGUACCUUCUUCCAAACCUGCAUCUUGCAUCUGAAUAAUCCACUAUAAUAUUGAUUAGUAGUUUAAUGAUGAUAAUGACUUAUCUAGGCUAAUAAGAGCUACCUAACUCAUCACGUUUUCUUUCUAUUUGUUUAAUGUUCGGUCCAAAGAUUAUUCACUCAACCAUGUAGCAAUUCUUACAUUGAUAUUUUGACUUAGAAAAGUAAUGAAUUAUUGAUUUUUCUUUGUGGCAUCACUUGCAUUUCAUGAAUGCGAGAAACUAUUCUGUGUGGCCUGCUUUUAGUAAGAAGCUGGCAUUGCAAUUGAAAUUGAAAAAUAAUGUACUGGAAUGUUUGUCCUUUACUUUCGUUUCUUUUUGAUUGUGAGCGCGAGUCCAUUUAAAAGUAGAGGAUAUAGAUUUUUAUCCCCAUUAAUGGGUAUGCCACUCAUAAUUAUACAUGCAGGCGUGAAGACAAAUCUCCUAGACAACUAGACUUGCCACUUCAUUUUACUGUCUCAUUUAAUCAUUUUCAGUCCUUUGUUUUUAUUGAUUUCAUUGCUUUUCUUUCUUGAGAAGUGUUACUAACACUCCGUUUCAAGCCUUAUCAAUCCAAGUUCCUCCGUCACUUGGCUUGAAUGUUUAUCUCUUCAGCAAAAUUGGGCAGUCUAUCAUCGUCCCUCUAUCCCUGCAUGGCAUAGCUAAGGCAACCAUUUGUACCAGUCUCAUCACUUUUUACUUGGUCAUGAGUUUUUGCUUAUUCUGCUUUUAGAAGCUGCAUAUUAUCCUGAGUAAAUUUCUUUGACUUGGUACUAACAAUGGCCAUAAGAAUUCUAGUACAUGUUCUUCUUCCGGCAUUCCUCAGUUUUUAUACGUGCAAAGGCCAAGACACUUCAGUAUCACCACUAUCACCAAUGAAGAAGAAAGAACAAGAAACCCUGUAUUCUGUUAUACAAGGGUUUAUAGGAAAAGGGUGGAACGGAUCAGAUCUUUAUCCAGACCCUUGUGGGUGGACUCCCAUACAGGGAGUUUCCUGCGAGCUGUAUGAAAAGUACUGGUAUGUGACUGUUUUGAACCUUGGGCCAGUUUUUGACAACUCCCUCGUCUGCACCCAUGAUGCUCAAUUUCCAGAUGAAAUUUUCAAGCUCAAACACUUGAGGAUCCUCUCCCUGACUGGCUGUUUCCUUUAUCCUACCCAAAAUCCAGUCAGAUUACCCAUUUCAAACUGGGAAAACCUCUCAAACAGCUUGGAAUCUUUACACUUGAGGUCAAAUCCGGGUCUGGUUGGUACUAUUCCAUCCUCAUUUGGCUGCCUUAGGAAGCUCCAAUCUCUUGCGCUGAUAGAAAAUGGACUGAUAGGUGAGCUGCCAUCGAGUAUCGGUAAUUUGGUCAGAUUGAGACAACUAGUCCUUUCAGGAAACCAUUUUGUGGGAGAAAUUCCACUUCAUUAUAUGGGUCUCUUCGAGCUUCUGAUAUUUGAUGCAAGCAGGAAUAACCUUUCAGGGGCAUUGCCAUCAACAGUCGGGCUUUUGGAUUCCCUUCUAAAACUGGAUUUGAGCAACAACUUGCUAGAGGGAGAGUUGCCAAGAGAGCUGGGAAGGCUUAAGAAUCUUGUACUUCUAGAUUUGAGUCAUAACAAAUUUAGAGGUGGAUUGACUGGGCCACUUCAAGAACUGGUUUCUUUGCAGCACAUGGUAAUGUCACACAAUCCAAUAAGAGGUGAUCUAUUUGGUAUUCAGUGGGAAUUUUUCCAAAAUAUGGAAACUUUGGACUUUUCUGACAUGAGUUUGACAGGGAGUGUACCGGAGUCCAUGACAAAAAUGAAAAGGCUAAGAUAUCUGGAUCUAAGUAACAAUAAUCUCUCAGGAUGUCUCUCCGUAAGUCUGGAAAAUAUGCCUUCUCUUAGAGCUCUUCACCUGAAUGGAAAUAAAUUCACAGGAAAACUUGAAUUCUCAGAAAGGUUUUACAGGAAAAUGGGAAGGCGUUUUACAGCCUGGGACAAUGCCAAUGACCUGUGUUAUAUUGCCAGCUCAAUGACGGCUUGGAUCCAAGUGCCUUAUGGAAUUGUAGUUGGUGGCGACGUUGGCUGGACUGUUCCAAAGGAUCAAGACUUCUUCGACGAUUGGGCUUCCAGGAAUAGAUUCCUCGUCAAUGAUACCCUUCGUUUCGAGUACAAGACAGACUCGGUGAUAGAAGUGAAUGAAGAAGACUACAACAAAUGCAAGGCGAUGCGUCCUCUAUUCUUCUCCAACAAUGGGGACACGGUGUUCACAUUUGACAGGCCUGGCUUGUUCUUCUUCAUCAGUGGCGUUUCUGGUCACUGUGGUCGUGGCCAAAAGAUCGUCGUCAAGGUCUUGGACUCCCACUCGCCCCCGCCCCAACAUCAAAACGACGACCAGCACAGUGGAGCUGCUGUUAUUGCUCCCCUCGCCAAAACGACAUCGGUUCUGCUCGUUGUGUCGUCGUUCUUCCUUCUGCUCUUUGCAGCUUGAUCAAUUCAUCAUGCGUCGUGGUUGGUCGUUUUAAGUUCGUUUUGGGGUCUAGUCUAGCUGGGUCUUAGGUUUUUCAUUGAUUAAUCACCUAGGUCAAUGGAUGAUGCGUUGUUAUAUUAUGACGUUAAUUAUUUUCCCUCUAAGAAGUUUUUUUGGUUCGCUUAUCGCUCAUUAAGGUAGCUUGGCUUGCAGUUGUGGAAAUGGUACU